AUGAGUAUAUAAUCUAAAUAAUAUCUCUCUACAUCAGCACCUCAUGUGGAUACAUCACAAUUAUAGAGUGUUUCACCUAAGAAAGAGUAUUAUGAUGCUACAAAACAAUUAGAAGCUGUAAGAAGAAGAAUAAGUCUUCUUAAAUUGGAGAAUGAAAUGAGGUAUGAUUAUAACAUUUUAAGUAAAGAGAGAAGAAAUUAUAAAUUCAAUAAUAAAAAUAAGAACAAUUAAAUAAGAUUAGAGAAGAUCAUGAAUAAUUUAAAGAAUAUAAAUAAAUUCAUAAAGAAUAAGUGAAUAUGCAAUUACAAAAUCUAGUACAUAGAACAAGGAAUAUGAAAAUGUAACAAUCUCAAGAUAAAAAACUAAUUUAAUAAAACUUUAGAUAGAUGAAAUAACAAGAAGUUAAGAAUAUUAAAGAAUAAUCAUAAAGAAAUGAACAUAUUAUUAGAUAGAAAAUAGAUGAAAUAAAAUAAUAAAAAGCAGAAUAAAAAUAAUAAGUAUAGUCUCAAGUAUAAGUUGCUCAAUAAACUAUUCAAAACUUUCGUAAACAAAAAUACCUUCGAUUUAUACAAGAACAUUAAAUUACUAAAUCUCAACACUCUAUUGAAGCAGAUUAAAAAUUAUAAUAGAUUGAAGAACUCAAAAAAUAAGAAGCUUAUCUAUUGAUCAAACUCGAUGAAACAAAUAAUGUAUUCUAAGAAUUAUAUUAUAGCAAUUUAACAAACUAAAUUAAAGUACUAUGAUAAUUAAGUAAUCUUAAACAACACCUAAAACAGCAUCAUAUUUUUGA